AUGGGAAGCUCUGUCACGCGCUGCACCGCAUGGACUAGCAUCCUGCACCAAACGUUUUGUUUCUCCCAAUUGGGUUCAAGGUUUCUGCACCGGCGUCUGGCAUGGCAUUGCAUCAGCCAUAAUGGGACUCGAUUGGAUAUUACAGACACCGCUCUCGGUAGAGACGUUGCAUGUUAUGAAAGAGUUUAUUUUCCUCAUGUCUGGUCUCGGGACUGGCCCUGCCAAAGGCGAUUAUGGUUCAUGCAGGAUCAAAGCAACAUCGAUGGGUUCAGGACUGCGAUGGUAGACGAUGUUUUGGUGUGUGAUUGCUGA